UCAUUUCCAACAAGCAACAGGUUAUGUCAGUUUGAAGUUUGAUUGAAUAUUGAAUGUCACAACAAAAAUUAAAUUGUCUGAAAGGAGGUGAAAUUUUUGUAUAACUGUUUCUGAGAAAAAUGUAGAAUACGUUAUGAAAAAUGUUAAAUUCUUACAGAAAUAUAAAAUAGCUUUGAUUUAUUGUUCAAGAUAUGAAAAUAUAUCUACUUAAAAGGUAUUUGUCAACUUAACAGAGCGAUGCCUAACCAUAUUACCUUUAAUAUCAAACCAUAAAAUAUGAUUCAUAUCUCUUCCAUAUAGUUAAUUGUUUUAAUGAGGGUAUAUUAGUUGAUUAAGUAUGGGCGUUACAUAGAUUUAUAAAAUGUCAGAAAACAUCGAAACCACUGGAUGCGUCCCAAAAAUGGUUCAAUCCUGGAGAACUUUAGUCACCACCUUUACUACAGGACAUAAAAUCCAUCCAUCUAACCAACAGCCUCUUAGGGAUUGUGAAUUCAUUGUAAUUGAUUCCAAAAUACAAAUACGGGUUGUACAUGUUUGUCCAGGGUAUUUAAGAAAGUCUAUAAUAGUUUCUCAGCCAAUAUUUUUUGACUCAAAAAGAUGCUCCCUCUCUGAAGAGUACUGGUUUAGCAGAUGGAAUAAACCAUUAAAAAUUGGAAAUUGUAACUGCUCGUUUAGGAGGUCCGUAAGAUGUUCAGUAACUUUAAGUCAGCCUUUAGGACAGAAUAUAGAUAGAACUUUAAUUCCCAGUAUAGAAUUGCCACCUACAAAAAUUAAAAACAUAGCAACAUUUGUGGAACGUCUUAUACAAGAUACAUUUUUUGAAGCCUGUCAUGAAUAUUACAUGUUAAGAACAAAAGAUCACCAACCAACAAAUAGUGAUAAUGGGAAAGUAAAUUUGGGAUAUGAAAUUACUGAUGAAGAUAAUGUUGUCAUAACACUUAGGCGAAAAUUAAAUGAUGCUUCCAAAAAUGAUUUUGCAGCUAACAAGACUGAAUUACGAAAUAGUUUUUGUGUGCGCAAAACAUGUGUUCAUAAAAAAGCUUUACAGAAACCUUUGGUUAUCAUGUUUCAUGGUAUAGGCACAUCAGCAGAUAUCUGGACAAUCGUUAUUAAUGCAAUGACCUGUAGAGGGUAUGAGGUGGUGGCUCCCGAUAUGUUGGGACAUGGCUUCAGUUCAGCUCCAUUAAAGUCUAGCUAUUAUACAUUCAAUAAUUUAUUACUUCAAGCUCUUACUAUUUUUGACUAUUAUAUGGCUGACAGCAAAAGGAAAUGUAUUUUAAUUGGGCACUCAUAUGGGUGCAGCUUAAUAACAGCCAUGUACCCACAUCGUGCACAGCAAAUCAGCCAGCUUGUUCUAAUUAGUGGAGGGGGUCCUAUACCUCUAGCACCUUAUGUGAAAGAUGAUGGCAUACCACCAUUUGGAUUUGCAUAUACUUUGUUACAUCCAUUACUCUACUGUGGUGUCAAAAGAAGUAUUUUCUUUUCAUCAAGAGGGAAACAUUUUAAAGUUUGUGAUGAUGAGAAUGGUUUACCAAGACACGUCAUUGAAAAUAUAGCUAUUGGCCAGAAGUGGUCCCAAGGGGAUACAGCUUUCCACAGAAGAAUCACUGCGCCCACUCUUUUAGUGCAUGGUUUACAAGAUCCUCAUGUCACCUUAGUUCAAGAGUGUGAAAUGGAAAGGACAAUUCCAAGAGCUUUCCUAGAACUGAUACCAAAUGCUGGACAUCUACCUAUGAUUGAAACUCCAGAGCAUUUAAUUCACAUGAUUAUCUGCUUUCUAGACAUGUGGAGCUGAUUCUUACAGAGGAUAUUAAUCGUAUUAUUUAUCUUUCAGAAAGAUAAUUUAAUUCUCAUAAUCUUUUGCAGCUUAGGUUUUUUAACCAUUUAUAAUAUUUGUCAAAUAUCUUUAACCUUCCUAAUACCAAGUCAAUUUUAAAACACCUAGUACCAGGUGGGUGACUUAUCGUCCCCAGUGUGUUUUUUGUAUAUUUAUACAAAAUUAUUGUUAAAAUUGUAUAAAAACGGUAAUGUUUUAAGAUGUUAUAAUUUUGAAGACAUUUUUACCAAUAACUAUUACUUGAAAUAGUUUAAACAACAGCAAACAACAAAUUAUUCAGAAAUUUUUAAAUUGACAAAUCACCUUUCACGUUUAUUACAUAUUUGAACUAUCUUCCUGUGUGAUGGACACACAAUAUUAUUACAGUUAGAACAUUUGCUUUGAUAGUUGUAAUAUUUCUUCCUUGACCUUCCUUUUAUUUUUGGUUGUGGUGAAUUCGGUUGUUCCACAACAAAACGUUGAGAUGAACCCACAUCACAAAAGCAUUUACUGCUGCAAUGUCAAUAUUGUUCAUAAACAACGUAGCUGUCUACCUUUUGGAUUGUCUGUUGCAGUAGCGAUGGAAAAACCUACCGGUUAUAACCUAAAACCGGUUUUUUUACUUUGCAUUAACCGGUUUAACCGGUUGUUUUGUUGUCCCGGUUAUAUCCGUUUUUUCUUUUUAAAGUAAUAACCGGUGAAACACCGGAUAAGUAACCUCUCUAAUAACAGGAUCAAAGUGGUACAUCAGCCAUUAUGAAACAAUUAAGUUUUAUUAUAUUUUUAGUUCAUUGAAAUGUUACCGUUGUCCCCCCGCUGCCAUCUUGGAAAAAGCGGUGCAAAGACUUUUCGCGCUGUAUCUCGUAAACUAGCAACCCUACAGAAAAUGUAAUCAAACAAAAUGUAGCAAAUUAAAUUUUCUACAAAUUUAUUUCUUUUACCUUUUAUCGUCAAGUGACCAACAAAAAAGUUAAACAAAAAUAAGUAAAAAUUUUGUAACAAGUUUCCUUUUGGAGGUUAUAACCUUUUUUCACUUGAUUUAACAAUAAAAUGACAUCAUGGCCAUUUUGUAGAGGGAUUUUCAAAUAACAAUUUCCACUAUAAAGUUUUUUAAUUUGAUUUAUUUAUCUAGGUUUUACAGCGGUCCAAACUUGACCAGAUUCUCGAAUACUCAUAGGGAUACGAUCAAAACAAAACGUUAGGCUUAGUUUUCUAUAUAUAUUUUAUUAUUCAUACAAUUUAUUAUGAUCUUAACAUUCCAAUGCUAUUAUUAAACUAUUUUUGACCCUUUUCCCUACCACCUAUGAGGUAGAGUCUGGAGGCGCGUUUUUUAUGUGGUGUCCCCAAUAGGCCUAAUCCACGGGCAAUUUCUAGACAAAAUAAUAUUAUUUAUUAUUAUACAGGGUGUCCAGAAAACUCUACCGACAAACGAAGACAGGAGAUUCCUCAGAUAAUUUUAAGAUAUUUUAACCCAAUUCACCUAGUUCGAAAAUGCUUCCUAAGGGAGCUCUUUGAAGAUGGCGUUUUGUAAUUAGUUUUUGUUAAAUACCUCCGGAACGCUUCUAUUGAGAAAAACGAAAAUUGGUACACGUAUUCAUCUUCCAGAGAUAAAUCGAUUCCAUGCAUUGCGAAUUUCUUGUACCGGUCUUAGGCGUCCGUUUUGGGUAGGGCAACAGUUAUUUUAUCGCAUAACUUUUUUGUCUUUAAUUUUUAAGCAUUUUUGACUCUGGAUUAUUAAAUUGUGAGGUAUUCUACAACUAAAAGGUACUCCUGUUUUAAGUCGAUAGAAUACACCGUUUUUUAGAAAAAUCGAUGUCAAAUUUUUCUUUUUUUGAAUUUCCAAAAAAAAUUAAGAAAAAAAACUAUUUACAACUCCGAAAACUGGUACGUUUAUUUAUAUUUCAGAGAUGAAUCUAUUUCAUUAAUUGCGAAUUUCUAGUACAGGUCAUAUGCGUCCGUUUUGGGUAGGUCAACGGUUAUUUUAUCGCAUAAUAUUUUUGUCUUUAAUUUUUAAGCAUUUUUGACUUUAGAUUAUUCUAAUACUAAAAGUUACUCUUGCUUUAAGUUGGCAAAAUACACCGUUUUUUUGAAAAAAAUUUUCAAUUUUUUUCAAAUUCAAAAACGAAAAAUUUUCAAAUCGAUUUUUCUAGAAAACCCUGUGUCCUACUGCCUUAAAGCAAGAGUACCUGUUAGUACUAGAAUACCUCACAAUUUAAUAAUACGGGGUCAAAAGACACCGUAGACAAAAAAGUUAUGUGAUAAAAUAACCGUUGCCCUACCCAAAACGGACGCCUAUGAUCGGUACUAGAAAUUCGCAAUGGAUGGAAUCGAUUUAUCUCUGGAAGAUAAAUAUACGCACCGAUUUUCGUUUUUCUAAAUUGAAGCAUUCUGGAGGUAUUUAUGAAAAACUAAUUACAAGACGGCAUUUUCAAAGAGCUCUAGCUCCCUUAGGAAGUAUUUUCGGACUAGGUGAAUUGAGCUAAAUUCUCUUAAAAUUAUCUGAAGAACCCAAUAUCUUCGUUUGUCGGUAGAGUUUCUGGACACCCUGUAUAUUGAAAAAGGUUUAUCAAAGUUAUCAUUUUUUUCAUUCUCUUCGAUGAUCCAGGCUGCUGGUUAAGAUCUGAAUCAUUAUCCGAGGUGAAUUUUGUGGUAUAAGUGGGAGUUAGCGUUGGCAUCAUUUUCGGUAAUUCAUCUUCCAAUUAAUUUUCUUCAAUUAAUGUCCACGAUGUUGUUGCAGCUCUCACUACCACAAUGGAGGCACACUGCUGACCAUAUGAGGCUUUCGGCAACCGCACGCACUUCCACAGUUUCCUUUGCAUCUGUAAAAUAUUAAUUUCAUAAGCUAGGAGGGUGCUGGAGGCUUGGAAGUUUGUUUUGGUAUCCAAAAUUUUCCAUGCUUUUUCCAUCCCCAAUUUUUCUGGAUCACAAUGGUUACCGAGCCAAUGUUGACUGAAUCUGGUGAUACACUCGGAGACUAGAAACGGGAUGCAUCUUGUGUUGGAGGAUGUGAGGAGAGAUUAAAUGCAUUUUUUGUCACUGUCUUAGCGAAUCGUUUGUAUCUCAGGGUGUCCAGAGAAUCGCCUUUAUUUCCGCCAUAUAAAGAGACGAAGAAACGUUCGCCAACAAUACUCAGUAAAAAUGGCUCGACUUUCUCACUGACAAAUAAUGAUGUUCCAUUAGCGGACUCAGGAUGCCUCUGCAAAAUUUUUAUGAAUUUUACUUUUAGACGGAGAGGCAGCACUGAAAAAUCUCUUUGAAUUUACUAAAGCUAGAUUUUUCACAGUUGAUUACUGUGAGUGUGUAGAGAAACAUGCUGCGGUCGGUCAAGCGAAACGUAGAACAGGGGUUACUGAGAGGGUAUCAAAGUUGCUUUCCUACGAAGGUAAUUAAAUCCAUUUACUAAGGCUGAAAAUCAGUACACACAUUCUAAAUUAAAUAUAAAUAAAAGUUAUUAUAGUCGGUCAGCUGUAUGAUGGGACAGAGCCGGUCGGUCGGCCCCAAUAGUCGAUUGAGGAAAUGAAGCAUUUUGGCUCGUAAUUUUUUCGUCCAGCAUGGAUUUACUUGAAAUUUUCACAGAAGGUAGGGAAUGCCACCCCAUCUCGGGGGUGGGAAUUUUUUAUUACAUUUUAACCAUGUAAUUCAAUGGAAAGACCAUGUAAGAAAAAAUGUUUUACAUUUUCUUCGUAAAACUAAUAUUUUUCGAGUUAUUCGCGCUUGAAAGUAACAGUUUAUCGACUAAAAAAACGACUUUUUUAGAGGGUUUUUGAAAAUACCUCGAAAAAUAUGCAUUUAAUCAAAAAAACUGUAGAUCUCAAAAUUGUAUCUUUUAGUAACACAAACCAAAUUCUUUUCCAAUAAUAUCUUUAAGACCAAUACAAACCGAUAUACGAUAUGUUAAAGGUUACCUUUUUUCGUCAAAUGCAUAAUUUGAAAUAUUCAAAGUAAAUAAUGGGAAAAAUUUGCAUUUUUCGAGGAAAACUUAAAUAAUCUUUCUUCGAGUACAGUAUUGUGCGAAUUAAUGUGAACAAACAGAAUUAAUUUGUAAAUAUGAUUUAUUUAGGCCAAAGGUAAAUUUAGGUACACUUACAUGAGAUUUUUUCAUUAAUUAGUAUUUAAUAUGUCCCCCUUUUACUUUUAUGACUUCCUGGAGUCUUCUAGACAAGUUUUUUUGCAAUUGUUUGUGAUUGCUUCAUCUCUAAACCACACAAUCACUGCUUCCACCAGUUUUGUUUUUGUCGUACAGUCAAAUUUUUGCAGUUUAGCCUUACAUAUUGCCCACAAAUUUUCAAUAGGAUUAAGGUCGGGUGAAUUUCCAGGCCAAUCAAGAAGGGUAAUAUUAUCCUUGAAGUAUUUCAUCAUAACCUUCGAUACAUGGCACGGAGCUGAAUCUUGUUGAAAAAUUGCAGUCCCUUCGGCCUGUACUUUGUCAAGCUCUAUAGCUAAGCGUUGCUCUAGCAUGGCUUUGUACUUUUCACUGUUCAUCAUACCUUCAAUAGGAAUAAGAGUGCCAGUUUCUGAGUAUGAAAAACAACCCCAGAACAUUUUUUUGGUGGGAUGUUUAACUGUUUAGUUAAUAUGGCUAGCUGAAAGUGACUCAUUGGCUGCCUUUCGUACGAAUUUUGAUCGCUGUCCCUGCACUAGGAAGUGAAUUUCAUCAGAAAAUAAAACUUUUCGCCAAUCUUCUGCACUCCAAUGAGCGUAUUUUUUUGCCCAAUUUAGUCUUUUUUUCAUCAUAGGCGCUGUCAGAAGUUGUUUCUUCUGCGGUCUCACGGCUUCUUCUCCCUCCUUCUAAGAGACGUCUGCGUACUGUUGAGUCGUGAAUUUUUAUUCCAGCCUUUUCUAAAUCUUGCUGAAGGUCAUAACUUGUUUUUCUGGGAUGAAGUUUGCUAUCGCGCACAAUAAAGGCUUCAUCUCGAGGAGUAGUCUUCCGUUUUCUUGAAAAACUGAAUUUUGAUCUCUGUUCACAUUAAUUCGCACAAUACUGUAUACAAUUAGACCUUUCAAAAAAUAAUAAAAAGUUUCUAGCAUGAAAAUUAAUCGGCUUAUAAUCAAAAAAAUGUCGGUACCUGCUUUUCUCUACGAAAAAAUCAGUGAAAACAACCCCCUAACUACCUCCCUAAUUCAAAAUUGGUCUUCACCUUUCUAUAGUUCCUUUUAUAUUUUUAUUAUCAAUACACUCAAGGAGUUUGACCUAUUUAAAUUGCCUAAUUUUGCAAAAAUUGGAGUUUAAAGAAAAAUUGACUUUUUGCAAUUUGGUAUUUUUCACCUUUUACUUCAAAAUAUCUCCGAAAAUACUGAAGAUACAAAAAAAUUAUUAACUACUAAAUUGUAGCUUUUUUAAUGACUAAAAUUACCCUGUGCAUAGAUUUUCAUUACAGUGAAUAGUUAGCCAGAUAUAGCUGUUUAAACUCUAUUUAUCAGCAAACUCCCCCUUAUUCGAGCCCUUUAAACCCGCCCCAAUUAAAAACUAAGGGAUCUUAUGGAAUUUAAUUUACACAGUCUUAUAGCUCUUUAAAAAUCCUACAAAAUCAUUUUUGAAGAAACUUUUUAUUGCCAAAAAUAUAUAGAAUAUUUUUCGAGGUAUUCUCAAAACACCCUUAGUUUUACGAAGAAAAUGUAAAAAACAUUUUUUUCUUAGAAUCACUUUUUCCAUCCAACUACAUGGUUAAAAUGUAAUAAAAGAUUCCCACCCCAGAGAUGGGGUGGCAACCACCCCCAAGGUUUUAACGUAUGAUAGCGGCAUGAUAUAGAAAAUGAUCCUUGGACUAUUCCCUACCUUCUGUGAAAAUUUCAAGUAAAUCUAUGCUGGACGAAUAAAUUGCGAGCCAAAAUGUUUCAU